AUGACCAUGCAAAUGAAUACGUCAAUGGGCAUGAACAUGGAUGCGGGCGGCAGAAACAUCAUGCCAGAGACUGAUAUCUUGAGCGAUGAAAACAACUUGCCUGCGCAAUUCGUUGCUGCAACAAGAAUCAGUAUGAAAAACUUUAUGGACAAGCCUAAUGAAUUCCGCAAUAUGGUACAAACUUACUGUAUCAAAAAAGGAAAACCUCUCGUUAUCUCUGAUAUGAACACUUUGCCUGGAUGGGACGAUGGCACCUUCUCACUUGAUCAACUGAAAGCAUAUCGUGGUGAUGAAAAUGCUGCUCUUGAUUUUCCUGACGCUGUCAAGAGGGACGUUGUGUUGGGUAAAUUCAUCGAAAAGCUGCAACAAGAAAACCACCUGGAAAGGGACCACUCGUAUCCUAUGCUCAAGAACUCUACCCAAAAGGUGUAUGCCAAGGACAUUACCUGCCCCACUGAAUAUACUGCUGCAUUGGAAAAGAUAGUCCCAGACUACUUGCUCCCUCAUGGACCUGAUGAUCUGUUCUCCAUCUUGCCUCAACGCUUCCGUGCGGAAAACCUCAUGUGCUAUUUAGGGCAAGACAAUACUGGUACACCUAUCCACCGUGAUCUCUGUGGUACUAUGGGUCAUAACCUCAUGACAAUGGGCGACGCAGAUAGCUUUGCUGAAUGGAUUAUUAUUGAAAGUGACCACCGCGAUGAACUGGCUGGCAUCUUGCGACCUUCACAGACCGAGAAUUUGGUGGCAGACCUCAGCAGCCCACCAAAACACACCAAGAGCUCAUUCAUGGAGAGUGAUCGUGCCUGGCUUCACAAUGCAAUGCUCGAGCAUGCCCAGUUCCAAGCCCAAGUUAUUGUUCAAAGACCCGGUGAUCUUGUCAUUAUCCCUAGCCGUGCCUAUCACCAAGUCAGAAAUGUAGGCAUCUCUGUCAAGAUUGCAUGGAAUAGGAUCACAGCACAAACGCUCCAGUAUGCAUUCGACGAUCAGAUUCCCUUGUAUCAUACUAUCAAUCGCCCAGAAGUUUACAAAUGCAAGGCCAUCGUAGCAUUGACAAUUCAACACUGGAACGAGCAACUAAAGAAGAUGAAGAACAAGAAAGGGAAGCGUACGCAAUUCUCAGAAUCAUAUGGACUACAUACCUAUAACAGCAAAAAGGCCUUCUUUGACAGCUCACUCACUCUGCUUGCUUUAUUCCUGAUCGAACUCAUUGAACCUGAAAUGCUCUACCAAACCCACAAGAUUGUAACAGAUGAGAAGGAUGAGGUGUUUACUGUGCGCUGCGAUUUCUGCUAUGGCGACAUCUUUCACCGAUACUAUCACUGCGAUGCUUGCAACGACUACGACUUGUGCCUCAAUUGCUAUUCCAUGGGACGCAGCUGUGAACAUGCCGCCGAGAUGAAGAUGCAUCAAAGCCCAAAGAAGUUAACCAACUACAUCAACUUGUACAAGGAGUAUGUCCAGAACUUGAAUGAGGUUCUUGGAAGUAGAUUCACAUACUUCUGCGAAGAAAACAAGGAGGACCGUAUCCUGAACUUGAAGCCAUCAGAAGCAUCCAACCUUGCAACCACCUGUGUACGACUGGAGCGCUUCCGCAAAAAGUAUCAGAAUCAGCAUCAUACAUUGAGAUGUCAACAUUGCAACGCCACCACCACAGUAAACGAAUUGGGUAACCAAGGCAUCAGCUUAUCGUCUGUAUUCCAACAAAGCCCUUGCAGCAAUGUAGCCACAAAGAAGCGGCCAUAUGUGGAUGUGUACACUUGCAAUGCAUGCACCAAUACGUGCGACAAAUGUGAACCAUUGGAGAGCAACAACGGAUCGCUGAAGGACUACAACUUGGUCUAUUAUCUUCCUGCUUCCCAUGAUUCUCGUAACAGAGGCUCAUUCAUGGAUUUUAAUAUUGCAAAGAGCUAUGAUGUUGCUGACGAUCCGGUGUCAAGCACCAAGAGAAAGAGACCAGAAGAGGACCAAGAUUACCAACCUGAAAACAGAAGAGCAAAGCGUAUGUCCCGAUAG